UUGCCGCUAGGCUAUCCGUUCUUCCCGUUUGCCCUAGCAGUCCGCUUUUCCUCAUUCCAGCCAACCACUAGAAACAUCCUUCAAAAUGUCUGAUCCCAAGAGCCGCCCAACUGCCUCACCAAACUUAGAAAACCGAAGCCCGUUUGGCGUCUCUGAGGAGAUGUCUGGCUUAGAGGCGGGGAGAGAUGCCUGUUCAGAGGUCGAAAAGGAGGCCCCAAAAUUGAUGGCGGAAUUGACUGGAGAUGGCGAUGCCCCUACCCAUGUCCGCACAGAAGGUAAAGGAGCAGACCCAGAAAGUUCAAGCAACACCGUCGUCGAUUUUCACACUGAGGAGGACUUUCACCAUUUCGUCAGCAGUGAGGAAAGCCUGUACCAUCACCCCCUAGAGGAAGAGGAGGGGACCGAGGAGGAAGAUGAAGGACGACAACAGCUUCAGGUCUGUGCACAGUACCGGGAGAACAGCUGUGAGGAUGAGGAUCAGGCCCUGGAGCAGUGGAUGACCUCAGAGACAUCUCCCCUCCCGCGACCUCACUGGCAAGUCGUUACUGCACUGGGGGUGCGGCAGCUGGGUUCCAGUGCUCGUUUUAUAUAUGAGGCCUGUGGGUCAAGAAUCUUUGUGCGGCGUUUCAGCUUCCAAUAUGGCCUUGAGGGCCAUUUAGGUUGUGUGAACACGGUGCAUUUUAAUCAGCGUGGCACCUGGUUGGCUACUGGUAGUGAUGACCUACGAGUGAUCGUGUGGGAUUGGAUAGGGAAGCGGCCAGUACUGGACUUUGAGAGUGGCCACAAAAAUAAUAUCUUCCAGGCUAAGUUCCUUCCUAAUUGUGGUGAUUCCAUCCUCGCUACGUGUUCCCGUGAUGGCCAGGUACGGGUGGCAGAACUAUCUGCUCCAACAUGUGGGAAGAACAGUAAGUGUGUGGCCAAACAUAAGGGAGCUUCUCACAAGUUGGCCCUGGAGCCAGACUCCCCUUUUAAGUUCUUAAGUUCAGGUGAAGAUGCCAUUGUUUAUACCAUUGAUCUCAGACAAGGGCAGCCAGCUUCAAAAGUGGUGGUAACAAAAGAGAAGGAGAAGAAAGUGGGACUUUAUUCAAUCUCUGUGAAUCCCAGCAAUACCUACCAGUUUGCAGUGGGUGGACGAGAUCAGUUUGUAAGGAUUUAUGACCAAAGAAAAAUUGAUGAGAAUGAGAACAAUGGAGUACUUAAGAAAUUCGUUCCUCAUCACAUGCUCACCUGUGAUUUCAAAACAAGUAUCACCAGUCUUGUGUACAACCAUGAUGGCACAGAGCUCCUAGCCAGCUACAGUGAUGAAGAUAUUUACCUCUUCAACUCCUCUGACAGUGAUGGAGCUCACUAUGUUAAGAGAUAUAAGGGCCACAGAAAUGAUGCCACAGUGAAAGGUGUCAAUUUCUAUGGCCCCAGAAGUGAGUUUGUGAUGAGUGGUAGUGAUUGUGGGCACAUCUUUCUCUGGGAGAAAGCAUCUUGCCAGAUCAUUCAGUUCAUGGUGGGAGACAAGGGAGGUACAGUCAAUUAUCUUGAAGCCCAUCCUCACCUACCUGUGAUGGCAACUUGUGGCCUGGACCACGAUGCCAAGAUCUGGGCACCCACAGCUACAGCCUCCACUGAGCUUACUGGGUUAAAGAAUGUGCUUAAGCAGAACAAGCAGAAAAGAGAUAUAGAUAACUUGUACGAUCCUGACAUGUUUGACAGUCACAUGCUUUGGUUCCUCACAAGUCACCUUACACAGAGAAAUCAUUACCAGCACUGGGGAGGUCCUGGCCUUCAGGGCAUGAGUGCAGACUUACUUGAGUCUUCCAGCACCUCAGAUACAUCUGAGGAAGAAGAAAGCCAAGACUGAAUGCAGUGCUUGUCAUCCUGAGGGAUUCAACCCCCCUCAAGCUAGAUGCCACCUCAGUGGACUUCAGAAUUUAGUUUAAAUAUAGAUUUACCUUUUGUUGGUUCUGUUUUCUAUAAGAUAUACUAAGAAACAUUUUUAUUAUUUUCUUCCUCUUUCCUUUCUUUUUCCUCCCCAUUAUAUAUGUGAAUAUAUAAGUAAAUUGGUUACGCUUCUUUCUUCCAUUUUAGUUCACCUCUAAAAUUUCCCAAUUCUGGUAUCUAU